AAAGGAAAGAAGAAGAAAGUAAAGGCUUGUUUGGAAAAUGACACAAUAGACGACUCUCUCGUUGCAUUGAAUUUGAGUGAACCCCACACUCUCUCCCAACGGCCAUCUCUUUCUAUCCAUCCCUUCUUCACAAACUCUUUCAUCCAUAUCUCCGCCAUUAAUUAAAGAGCACCCUCAAAGCUUCGAAGCACUCCAACGUUUUAGUUAGGAAGAGAAAAAAUGUCAAACAUUUCCCCAAUAUUCCCCAUCCCCGAUUCUCAACAUUUCAGCGACUAUGGUUUCGAUCCUCAACUCCACUACUUUCAGGUUAUGGAAGAAGCGAGGAAGCAUAAGAGAGAAACGUCGGCAAAGUCUUCCAUAAACGGUCUUCAAUUCAAGAUCCAAAAACCCAUUUCGAAAGAUGACCCGACCCGAUCCACAAUGCACAUCAACAAGAGGAAGAAACGAUGCUGGUGGAAAAAAGCUCUCCCUUUCUUCAAAUGGCGGAAAUCGCCAAUCUCCACCUUGAACGAAGACCGUAGUAGUAGUAGUAGAGCUAGGAAUUUUCGCAGCGUAACCGGGUCGAUGUCUGGUCCGAUUUACGCAACGGAGAGUCUGAGCGGGUCGAGCACACCGUACCGUACGACGACGACGACAAACAGACAUUCGUCAGGACCUAUAGCGGGAACAUUAACGCCGGCGAGGGCGAUCCCAUAUAUGAAUUUACGAGAGCUUAACAUGGAGCAGCCACAGAGGAUUUCUAUCUGCUCUUCCCCCAUUUACUUGGUCACGUAAAAAAGUUGUUACUUUGUGCUUUUAAUAUCUUUUGUUUUACAAACUGGUGAAAGCUGCAAAGUUUCAUCUUUUAUCUAUUUUUUUAAAAAAUCAUCUCUCUCACGUGAAUCAAUGUAUGGAUUAUAUAGAUUUAUUGCCUACUUGUUUGUAUGCUUUGUAAUUUUCAAAUCGUGAUGGUGGAAAGUGACUGGAGCCGGUAAGGGUGGAUAUUCUUUUGUCUUGUACGACUCCUUUUAAAAAGUAAUUAAAAGCAUUGGAAA